GCCCGAUGACUCGAAGGUGGUCAGCAUUCGUGACUGGCCGCGUCCUCAGUUUGUGACUGAGAUGAGAUCUUUCUUAGGGAUGACCGGCUACUAUCGCAACUUCGUGGAGAACUAUAGCAUAGUUGCCGCCCCUUUGACUGAUCUGACCCACCUUGACACCCCAUGGGAGUGGACUGAGAGAUGCGAGGCUGCUUUCAGACAUUUGAAGCAUGCGUUGACGCAUUACGAAGUCUUGAAACUUCCUGAUCCUGACAAGCCAUUUAUAGUGACUACGGAUGCUAGCCAAUAUGGCAUAGGCAUCGUACUUGCACAACAGGAGGGGAAAAAGUUGAGGCCAGUAGAGUACAUGUCAAAAAAGAUGCCCUCUCAGAAGUUGGCUAAGUCCACCUAUGAGAAGGAACUCUAUGCGGUUUACAAGGCUCUGACCCAUUGGAGACACUAUCUCCUUGGGGGGUUCUUCAUCCUCAGGACUGAUCAUCAGACACUGAGAUGGAUGAGAACUCAGCCGGUACUCUCUGACGCUCUGAAGCGUUGGAUCGAAGUCAUAGAGCAGUAUGACUUUGAGCCUCAGUACAUAAAGGGCGAGUACAACAAGGUUGCUGAUGCCUUGUCGCGCAGACCUGACUUCUCAGGUGCACUAAUUAUUGAGUUUGAUCUUGCGGACAUUGUUACUCAGUCGUUGGUGGAAUCCUAUCGUGAGGAUCCAUUUAUGUCUGAAAUCAUUCGCAGACUCGAGGCAAAGGACAAAGCAACUUCUGUCGAGUUUGAGUUGGUCAAGGGCUUGUUGUUCCUUGAGAAGGAUGGGAAUAAACGAUUGUGUGUUCCUAAUAGAGAAUCUUUGCGUAGUUUGUUCUUAGGUGAGUGCCAUGAUGCCACCGGCCAUUUUGGGUAUAAGAAGACCGCAGCCAACCUGUUGCAGCGGUUCUGGUGGCCCACGAUGAUGCGAGAUGCACAGCUGUACGCGGAGACUUGUCAGGUCUGUCAAAGAGACAAGCCACGUACUCAGGCUCCUCUUGGGCUACUGAAGCCGCUUCCGAUUCCGGAGCGGCCUGGUGAGAGUCUGUCCAUGGAUUUCAUGGAUACCCUGGUCACCAGCAAGAGCGGGAUGCGACACAUCUUCGUCAUCGUGGAUAUGCUAGGUUACAAGUCGGCAAUGUGGCUUCCGAUUGUGCUAUUUGCAACUAUGGUUAUGAUGGUUAGGUAUGUGUGUGGCGCAUUCCCCGACUUCAAAGACUUGUUGCAGAAGCAGAUGAACCUCGAUACAAAGGAAAUGAGUGCGGUAGGUCUCAACUACGAACCUGGUACCCCGUUGUACAGGCAGCUAUGGGAUUCGACCCUUCUCCUUUGUAUCGUCCAGCUGCACCGCAUUCAUCGAUAUGGACACCGGCGUUCUAGAAGGUCUUUGCAGCAUCCAAAGCAUGAUGUGAGUGAAUAUCAUAGCGUCAGUCCGGAAGUCGUCAGCGACAGCAGCCAUGGAGAGACAGUCAUGGGCAACGGCAACCACAGGUCUAGUGGACAAAGUAGCAGCAGCGAUAAUGACGUCAGAGACAGGGAGCAGGCAGACUUUGGGUCAGAGAUGGGGGACAUCAAUUACGGGUAUCUUGGUUUUCUUAAACGCCUAUCGAUUGUUCAUUGCCAUAAGCCAGUGGCCAUUGCCAUAUUCUAUGCUUCAGUGAGCCCUGUUUGUGCCGUUGGGUUCCUCUACCUUUCACUGCUCAUCAUUUUCUUCAACUUUGGAAGGUUCUGGGCGAUCCGCGCAAGGAUCGUUGUCAUUUACACUGCAGUUGUAAUGGCUGCUCAGUAUUUUCUUCAAGUUGCAGUUGCUGAAGAUGGAAUGUGGUCGCCAGAAUUUGAAAAGAAAAUGAAGAGCAAGACACUGGUUAUGGCCGCAUGUGUGUUUGAGCACUCUUGUAUGUGGUGGAGGGAAAGGCUGCCAUCAUAUUUAAGAGGUGAUCCUACUGUGGGAGACAACUGUCUGCUUUUCAUUCCAGCUCUGCGGCGAUCAAGGCCGGUUAACAUUAGGACGCUGGGAGGGCAUUCAACUGAUGACUUGGAUGCAGUGCCGGUAAUGAGUGUGCCCUCAGACAGUGCCAACUUUAUUCAGGUGGAAGGAACAGAUUACAAUUCUGGCAAACGGAGAAAAAUUGGCACAGAGGCAAGCUGUCUUACUGUGGUAAAGGUUAAAGAGACCCCCCAAGGGGAAGCAAAACCCACUCCUGAGGGAACUUCACGCAACCCAUCUUUUGAAAAUAGGGGUGAUGGACGCUCCCGACGCUGGUCAAAGAAAGUGAUUCAGGAUAUUCGACAGUUUCGAUACCAGGCACAAAUGGACACGCUGCAGCGCUAUGUACGAUAUGUGGUUGAGCACUUCUUUUUGUUGUACGGCCUGGAAAUCAGUAUGCUGACACUCCUGCUUGCAGCGUUUGCUGUGCUGAACGUGUUUUCGGUUGUGUAUGUCGGUUUGCUUGCACUCUGCAUCCUCCUCCCGAGAAGACACUUGCAGGGUCUCUGGUCGUCUUUCGUUUUUCUGUUUGCUGCAAUCCUUGUCGCAGAAUACGUGGUUCUUUGGAGAACAGGACCAUCACAGGGUGACGCUGCAAAGCCCUGCUCUGCAUGCUGGUUCAAUAAGGAGCCAAAAGAUGACCAAUGUUGGGAAUGCUGGCUAGGGGUGAGUCUGGAUGAUCCACAAAUGCUUUGGUCCUAUUUUCUGGUAUAUCUUAUCAGCACUUACCAGCUGCGAGCAAAUCUCACAACGGCGCAGUACCCGAACCUGAUACUGAGCCCUGUGGCAAAGUUAAGUGACUCCAUGGGGUGGAGCAAGAUCUUGUUUGAGAGUAGGGAUCAAUGGACGUGGUUGGAUCAUCUUCGGUUCCUGUUCUAUCGUAACCUGCUGCUGGUGGUGCUUCUGCUUGUCUCUGCCACAGGCACUCUGAAGUACGAUGUGCUUCACUUUGGAUACCUUGCCUUCUCUCUCAUCUUCUUUCAUAUACGGCUCACUGUCAUGAAGAAGCGGAACGCAGUAUUCUCAUUGCUAAGGCUCUAUAACUUCUUUCUCAUCAUCUUAUCGCUGGGAUACCAGGCUCCGUACUUUGUGUAUCAACCUAAUGGCAUCAUUAACAUCAUAGGCCUCUACAAGUACAAGUAUGGCUUCCGCACGGAGUUGAAUUUGGAUUUCGGGGGGCCGUGUUCGGCCACUAGCAAAGACUGUUCUCGAUCCGCGAUUGUGGACAUCACAAUCUUCGUCCUGGUGGCCGUGCAAUCAUGGGUCUUUCGGUCAGAAGUGUUUGAACAGGUGAUGGAAUAUAUUGCAGCUGAACAGGUUGAGGCGUUGGCCAAGGCACAUGAAGACAAGGCAGAGUGGAAGAAGAAGCAACUUCAGCAGAUCCGGCAGAUGGAUGAAAGAAAACAGGUUCGCCGAUCACAGGUUCAGAAAAUAAAAGAGUGGCUUGAUGAUGUCAGCAACACCGCUAUGACCAACGCAGAGCUUUCUCUGACCAAAUAUGUUGACCGCGGCAGUCACAGGAUCUGGGGCAUGGGAUAUCGGCGCCACGUGCCUGAAGACUACCUCCCCCAUCAUCCACGGAUUGGUGCAUCAACACCGGGCGCACAUUUGUCAGAUAUGGAGAAUCAGUUGACCGCUUCAGGCCUCACUGCAGCUGGAGGAGGGGGAGAAGGAACCGCAACAAGGCCAUUUCCCACUGCCACCCAGGGACAAGGACGCAACGAAUAUGCUUUAGAGUCUGCUGAAAUGUCCUCAUCCAGGUCAAAUCAAAAUGGCAUGUCUGUUCAGAGUGGAGGAGGGAGAGGUGAGGCAUGGGCGAGAGUGCAAUCAUCUGCAGUGCUGUCCCCGUCAGGGGAGAGGUACAUUCAUGCGCGUCAGAAGGGCGGCAUCGCAAGACAGCAAGCUGCUGCACGUUAUAUGGACGAGUCGGCAAGAGCUGCGGGUCUCAUGAGAGUUCGUGAAGCUGCUGCCAACAGGGGGCUGAAUGCAUCGUCGGGUGGAAGUGUACCACAUGACAUCCUUGGGAGUCUGGGUGCCCAUGCCAUUUACGAUGGAGUCCAGUUGCUUGGUGAGCGGUUCUUGGCUAAUGUUGUUGAAUUCUUGAACUUGGAGGAAGAGCAGGAGCAAGACGAGAAGAUGGAGGAUCAUGAGCGGAGGAUGUAUGAAGAAGAAGGGAACUUGGGCAGCAAAUUGCAAGAUGGACAGGUUGGUGUAAAGAAUUCGCAAGCAGAUGAGAUUGAGGAAGAGGCUAGAUUUACCACAGGACAAGUUGUAGGAACGAAAGCUCAAGGUGUUAUGAAACAGGAUGCCCUGAAUGUGGGAACAAGGCCGGAGGCUGUGGGGCUUGCUAAAAGGCCUCUUCCAAACAAUGAGGACAAAUCUUACAUGGUCGUUCCCCUGCAACCUACCGAGACACCAGAAGAUUCGCUGCGUCGACUUCGAAUACUUUUAGGUUACAUCAAAGGGAAGAUCCUUUCCAACACAGAUUUUGUAUGCUAUCUCUUGUUUGUUGUCACUUUUGUGUGGAACUUCAGCUUUCUCACGCUCAUGUACCCGGCAACCCUGUUCAUCUACGCCUUGCAGAGCAACCCUGGUCCAACAGACGCUUUCUGGAUCCUUGUGCUAGUGUAUACAGAGCUGAACAUUCUGAUGCAGUACACAUAUCAAGUUGUCAGUACACAUAUCCCUGACUUUCAUCCGGUUUCAAGCAUCACACUAGAACUCCUUGGUAUCCAUCUGACCCACUCGUCGUUUGUGAUCAGUGUGCUCCCUCUCUUCCUGGUCUACCUGUGUACGUUGAUGCACAUGUCCUAUAGAGAUGGAGAAUGGAUGAAAGUCGUUGACCAGAGUGACAAUGAGGUGGGAAGGAAGAAGAAGGGCACUGCAGGGAGGCAAAAGAGGGUGCGGCUGAACUUUUUCCGCAGUGUUUACAAGGCACUCGUCACAUAUUGGCGGUCUUUGGUUCAGGGGCGGGAGGCGCCACCGUACUUCGUACAAGUAUCAAUGUUUGCGCAAAACGUGCCUCAACCAGAAAGCAUAGAGUCAGGAAUGAACAGAUUGUUGGCGAGAUCAUACCAACUUGCGUGGAAUACAGUCUACGCACUCCUGCUGGAUGGUCAGCAUUCUGCUGCGACGAUUGAAAGAAAAGGAGUGCCAAGCCGUGUGCGGGUUGAAAGCAUUGAGAACAGUACUGAUAAACCUGGAAUUGCAGUUGUUGCCGUGCUGGAAGUAGUGCAUGCGGCAGUGCUACCGGGCCGAAAAGGAGUAAAGAGGGAGAUCUGGCAGGAUGUCAGUGAGGGGCCUGUGAUGGGACAAAGCAGCAAUGUUGACAUAGAAGAAGUGCUGACACCAUCAGCAGACGUGGCGCAUGAAAUACAGAAAAUGGUCGAUGAAGAUAUUGUGGAAGAAAAUGGGUUCCCCUACCCAAUUUUCUCUGUGGUUACAGGUCAGAAACAGGAGGCUGAUUUCCAUGCAUACAUCGUUGGAAUCGAUCUGUUGACCUUUAUCUACGUGUUGCUGUUCUACCAACUGGCUGUGCGUGACAAGUCUCCAUUUGCAGAAGAAUCGUAUGAUUUCUUUGAGGACCAGUUUCCCAUGGAUUACGUCUUGGUAUUGCUGGCAUUAUUCAGUCUGAUGGUGGUGGAUCGGACCAUAUAUUUGUGUGUUUUUCCAACAGCGCGGGUUCUUUACUACUUCUUCACCCUCAUCCUCUUCACGAGCUAUGUAAUGAUGAUGUUUUGGACCGCGAAAAUGGAGAGUGCCCCAGUGUUAAAGGAUGAGGAAAGAGGCCACAGCACAGUCUGGCUCUUCAGGGUUUUCUAUUUUCUCAAGAGUUUGUCGCUGGCAUUGUCAGCUCUGCAGCUGAAGUAUGGCCACCCCACAAACAGUGUUCGAUGCGGCCAGUUCCUAAUGAGGAAAGUCAGUCGUCUCAACUGGAUCGGGUUCUCAAUAUAUCGUGGCUUGCCAUUUGUUUUCGAGCUUCGGAGUGUGCUGGACUGGGCCUGCACAACGACAUCCUUGCCGUUGUAUGAUUGGUUGAAGCUGGAGGACAUCUACGCUAGUUUGUUCCUGGUGCAAUGUGAUCUCAAGCUCUCAAGGGAAAGGCACAAGUUGGGGGAGCGGCAGGAGGUUACUACAAAAUUCUGCAAUGGCUGCUGUCUCUUCAUUAUCAUUGUUUCCAUCAUCUGGCUUCCAAUGCUUAUGUUCAGUACGGGCAAUCCGGUCAACGUACCAAAUCCAGUCAUUGACGUGAAGCUGACAGUGUCACUAUACACAGACAAAGGGACAUUUCCGCUCUAUCAGGGUGGGAAACGGCGACUUAUAAAAGCGGGAUGGAAACCGCCAAACGACACUUGGUUGCACAGAUUCGAGAAAGAGAACAUUCAGCUCAUCUGUUGUUAUCCGGACUCCGACACAGUCUGGCAGCUGCCCAGACCGGUUCAGAACAGCCUGGCGAGCUUCGUAAACAACAACACGACAUUGCAGGUGCUGUGGGAGUUCAUACGAGAGUUGCCGCUUGGCAAGGAGAUGAUAAUGAACGAUCUGGAGGCAGCCACAGGGGAGGGGUUGGAUGAAAAGAUUGUGGGGGUUCUCAGCGGCACUCUAGGCGCAGCUGAUUUCCCUGCCUUGUACCCCAAGUAUUGGCGGCUCCCGGGUAUUGGGAAGGCGAAAGCACUGGAGAUGGCAAAGGAUGUGAAGGUUGGCGGUGUCCUCUCACUGGAAAAGGAAGCUCUUCCAUGGUGGAAAUUUAUGCGAGACAAUGACUCAGCAGAAGCUGAUUGUCCAGAGAAUGCCAGUGGUCCGGUUGCUGUUGUUGUGUCAGAUAAAGUUCCAGGCUACUUUAUUGGGGAGACGAUCUCGAAGAUGGGCAUCACCGGGCUGUACGUCACCUUUGUAAUGAGUGUUGGCCGCUUUUUGCGCCUCAUCUGCUCAGAUCUGCGGAUGCGAAUACCCUAUGAGAAUUUCCCUUCAUGUGACAGGUUACUCGCGAUUUGUGAAGACAUUUAUGCGGCAAGGGCAGAAGGAGAACUUGAACUUGAAGAGCAGCUAUUUUGGACAUUUGCAAAAGCCUUACAUGUCAACGUGGCCGCUGCAGCGCCGCCUCAGUUGUGUGAAUGCAGUGCAGAACAAGGUAUGUGGACAUGGCGGUGCAGGAGGUAUCUGGACAUGGCGGUGCAGGAGGUGGUAUCUGGACAUGGUGGUGCAGAAGGAUGUAUCUGGACAUGGCGGUGCAGAAAGAUGUGUCUGGUCACAGCAGUGCAGAAGGAUGUAUCUGAACAUAGCGGUGCAGAAGGACGUAUCUGGACAUAGUGGUGCAGAAGGACGUAUGUGGACAUAGCAUAGUGGUGUGGAAGGACGUAUGUGGACAUAGCAGUGCAGAAGGACGUAUCUGGACAUAGUAGCUGCAGAAGGACGUAUCUGGACAUGGCUGUGCAGGAGGACGUAUCUGUUCAUGGCUGUGCAGGAGGACGCAUCUGGACAUGGCGGCAUAGAAGAAGGUAUCUGGACAUGGUGAUAGACUGAUAGUGCAGAAGAAGGUAUCGGGACACCGGGAUUGCAACAAGUAAUACUAAAGCGUCAACUGUGAUACUGCGGAUUCGCUUUCCCAGAGUGACUUGGAUGAUUUGAUAAAUAGAUCCGGACUCC